AUGGCUUCCACUAGCGGCUCGUCGCCGUAUGACAGCUACCAAACCUCGCUGACAACGCGGUACUGCAGCCCCGCCAUGUCACAGCUCUUCAGCCAGCGAUCUCGUCACUCGACCUGGCGCAAGCUUUGGCUGGGCCUCGCCGAGAGCGAGAAGGAGCUCGGCAUCGACACCAUUACCCCGGAGGCUCUCGAGCAGAUGAAGGCUAACCUGGUCGUCACCGACGAGGGCUUCGAGGUGGCCCGCGUGGAGGAGAAGAUUCGUAGACACGAUGUCAUGGCCCACGUACACGCCUUUGGUGUGGCGGCUCCUGCGGCGGCGGGCAUCAUUCACUAUGGUGCCACUAGCUGCUACGUGACCGACAACGCUGAGCUUCUCCUCAUGAAGGAUGCGCUUGAUCUCCUGACCAAGAAGCUCGCCAAGGUCAUCUCCAACUUGUCCGCCUUUGCGCUCAAGUGGAAGGCCGAGCCCACCCUCGCCUACACCCAUCUGCAGGCCGCCCAGCUCAUCACCGUCGGCAAGCGCGCCGCCCAGUGGGCGCAAGACCUGAUGCUCGACCUGCAGAGCAUCGAGCAGGCCCGAGACGGCCUCCGGUUCCGCGGCGCCCAAGGCACCACCGGCACGCAAGCCUCGUUCCUCGAGGUCUUCCAGGGCGAUGCCGCCAAGUGCGACGAGCUCAACGUGCUGCUCUGCAAGAAGUUUGGCUUCCCCAGCUGCUACGACGUCUCCACGCAGACGUACACGCGCAAGGUCGACCUGCUCGUCGCCAACGCCGUUGCUGGUCUGGGCUCGUCGGCUCAGAAAAUCACCGGUGACAUCCGUCACCUGGCCCACUGGAAGGAGAUUGAGGAGCCCUUUGAGAGCUCCCAGAUUGGCUCUUCCGCCAUGGCCUACAAGCGCAACCCCAUGCGUUCCGAGCGUGUGUACUCGCUAGCCCGCGAGCUCCUCAGCAAGCCUGCCACUUUCCAGGCCACCCACGCCGACCAAUGGAUGGAACGCACGCUCGACGACUCUGCCGUGCGCCGCAUCGACAUCCCCGAGACCUUCCUGCUGGCCGAUGCCAUCCUCAUCGGCCUCGACAACAUCACCGACGGCCUGAUCGUGUAUCCUCAGCGCAUCUCCGCCCACAUUCAGGCCGAGCUGCCGUUCAUGGUCACCGAGACCAUCAUCAUGCGCCUCUGCGCGCAGGGCGUGUCGCGCCAGGAGGCCCACGAACAGAUCCGUGUCCUCUCGCACCAGGCCAGCGCGGUCGUCAAGAACGAGGGCAAGCCCAACGACCUCGUCGACCGCAUCAGGGGCAACGACUUCUUCAAGCCCAUCUGGGGCGAGCUCGACGGCAUGCUCAAGGCGGAGCUGUACACCGGCCGCAGCGCCGAGAUUGUCGACAAGUACUGCGGUCCUGGUGGUCCUGUAGAGAAGGCUUUGGCUCCGUAUCGCGAGUACAUCAAAGGCGCUGCCACUACUGAGCUGAACGUCUAA